ACCGCACGAAAACGCCAACCUCCGCAGCCCCGAGUCUCCUCUCCGUACCUCUAAAAUGGCAGGACUCUCAAGCUUCAUCUACAACACCUUCCUCCGAAGAAACGUGACCAUGCUGGGCACCGUCUUCGUCUCCGCCUUCGCCAUGCAGUUGGCUUUUGACACCGCGUCGCAGAGGACGUGGGACAGCAUCAACAAGGGCCGACAAUGGAAGGACAUCAAGCACGCAUACAUACAGAAGCCUGAGGAGGACGAGGACGAGGAAUAAGCAC